AUGACCAACGAAGCGCCUCGAACAGCUUCCAUGAAUGACGUCCCAACCACACAUGCAACCUCCAAUCCCAAAUACCCCAAACGACCGAAUACCUCACAAUAA